AUGGAUAAUGAGAGUGACUGGUCAUGUGACGUGGAGCUGGAUUUAGCCUCCCGCCGUAUCGGCCUCUUCCUGCUCUACCUCUUCAUGUUUAUCGCCGGACUAGCGCUGAACCUGACGGCGCUCUGGGUGAACUGGCAGAGGCGGCGCUCACGGAACACGGUGAUAUUCUGCAUGCUCAACAUGGGCGUGGCCGACACCCUGCUGGUGCUCACGUUACCCAUCAGCAUGCUGGAGGCCGUGCUGGAUCACGUCUGGCUCUGGGGCGACUUCCUGUGCCGCUUUUCCAACCUGGUCAUCGUCACUAACAUCUUUGCUAGCUGUUUUUUCGUAGCGUACAUGUCCGUUGAGCGCUACUUCGCGCUGGUCCGUGGGUCGGCCCCGCGGGGCACGGGCGCGGCGGAGAGACGCAAGAGGUACGCCAUCGGGGCGGCGCUGUGGAUCCUGGCGCUGUUCUUCGCCGCGCUGGAGACGGCUCACGUUAGGGUUCUGAACAUGCACGAGCCGGGAUGCUACAUGUUACCUGAGCACGCCGUCGUGGAGUGGUCCAGCUCUCUCACCAUCAUCCAGCUCCUCCUGCAGUUCCUCCUCCCGUCCGCCAUCAUCGUGACCUUUAACACGCUGCUGUCCCGAGCCGUGCGCUCGUCCCCCGAGGUUCAGAGCCGCCGCGGCGAUGGCGUUUGGCUCCUGCACGUUUAUUCCGCCGUGUUUUUGGUCUGUUGGUUCCCGUACCACACCGUCAUGCUCCUCCUUGAGGUGUACUUUUCUCAAAGCGAACACUCCGUGUUCGACUGCAACACCGUCGGGCAGCUCUUCUUCUCCUACACCGUGGUCAGCGCCGUGGCUCUGCUGCACUGCCUGGCCAAUCCCGUCCUCUACAGCUUCCUCAGCCGGAGCUUCCGGAACAAGCUGGUCAACCUGGUCCUCAGCCGCCUGCCGCAGGACGCCCUCGCUAAUCUGCACGCUAACGACACCGGCGCUAAGGAACAGGGAGGGAAGAAAAACGAGGCGGCCGAGCACAGCACCAACCAGUCAGAGGGGUGA